UGCAGACAUUUGUGAAAGUCUGUACAAUAAGUACAUCGGUGAAAUUUCCUAGUUACUAAAUAUUCCACGGUCAACUCUUAGUGGUAUUAUAACAAAGUGGAAGCUACUGGGAACAACAGCAACUCAGCCACCAAGUGGUAGGCCACAUAAAAUGACAGAGCGGGGUCAGUGCAUGCUGAAGCACACAGUGCGCAGAAGUUACCAACUGUCUGCAGAGUCAAUAGCUAAAGACCUCCAAACUUUGUGUGGCCUUCAGGUUAGCGGCAGAACAAUGUGUAUGGAAUGGGUUUCCAUGGCUGAGCAGUGGCAUCCAAGCCUUUCAUCACCAAGUGCAAUGCAAAGCGUCGGAUGCAGUGAUGUAAAGCACACCGCCACUGGACCCUAG